AUGGCUCUUGAUCACGCUUCAGAAUUCAUCACCUGUGAUUCCAUAAAAUCAUAUGGCGUUAUAAACAAGACUGUAACUCUCAGUCCACCACAUGGGAGUAAUUUUAAAGAGAUCACAUGGAAAAAGCAAAAAGAUAAGGUCAUUGACUGGUAUGAUUCUAAGAUAAAGACGUUUGAACCAUUUAAAAACAGGGCUUACUUAGACAUUGUCUCAGGUAACCUCACGAUCUCCAAUUUAACAUCAUCAGAUGAAGAUGAGUAUGAAUUUGUUUCUUCAGAUGGUAACACGACCGCUAUGUUCUCUCUUACUGUGCUGGAUCCUCUUCCAUCCCCAACUCUAAAUUGUUCAUCGAAUGAUGAAAACAUUAUAGUUGAAUGUAUGCUCCCAGAUUUCAGCAGGCAUGUUGACCUUUUAGUCUACUCAUGGACUUGCUCUUCAGAAAAAUGUAAACGUGAGGCGAAAUUGAAAAUAAUUUUCGAGAAAGAGGAUGAUCUUUCACAGGAAGUAUGGUGUAUUGUGAAAAAUCCUGUGUCCGCAAUGAACUCAUCCAUUAUUUUGAGAACCUGUAUGCCAGCGGGUAAGUAA